AUGAUUAUCAGAACACCAACUAGAACCAAGACAAAGUCUUUCAAGGGAGAACAAAUGGAUUUUAAGUUCCCUUCGAAUAAUUCCUCAAGAUUUAAGACUAACGAUGAAGUUGAACUUAAUAACCACUUCCUUGUUAAUGAAUCCUUACGGAAUGAAAAACAUCAAAUAACCAAAGAAAAGGAUUUAGUGACUCCCUUGAUAUCCGAUAAUACACCUCAAUCACAUGGUUCAAAACGUAAAAAUUUGAAUGUGAAUCUUUCAAAUGGUUAUUACUCAUUUGCUAAUAUAUCAGAUAACACAACAUCACCAAGUUUUUUUCAUGAAACGAGAGAUUCAGAUGCUAACAGUGAUAUUAUCUCUAUGCUAAAUAUCAAUGGAAACUCAAAACAUCCUAAAUCUGAAUAUCCUCAAACUUUGGCACCCAAGAAAACUGUCAGGGAUUUUUCACUAGUAGAAAGUCUAAUUACUCCAUUAUCAUCAUUACCUUCAUCGUCAUCAGUAUCUCCACAGCAGAACUAUACUUUACCUUCUAAAGUGGAAAGUCCGUCAAUUAAAUCUGAUAAAACAGAACAUACAACGCCUACUGAGAUACCUACUGCAGAUAAUCUUUCUUAUGAUAUCAUCUCAUCUUCCUCGUUAUCCUAUUUGAAUUCUUCCAAAAUGGAGUCAUUAAGAUUACCAUCCUCUUCCAGUUCAAGUAAUUUUUCCUCUAAAGGAUCUCUUCACCGUACUUCUUCCACUGUUAAGAGAACUCCAAUGCGCUUAUAUCGUAAACCCACAAUGAGAAAAGUUGAUUCUAUGGAAUUUUCUGGUAUUUCUAGUGACAAUGAUAAUGGUAAAAAUUCAAAUAAGAAUGGAUCUAACAAAACUGAUCUUUAUUAUGAUAAUAUUAAAUCUAAAUUUAAAUCUAAACCAAAUCUUAAUAAGAAUAACGACAAUAAUAACAAUAACAAAAAUAAUAAAAUCAACAAUAAUAAACCGGUUAGAAGAAUGAGUUCGAUGAGAGCACACCCAAAAUCAACUCUAAAGAGAUCGAAGGCUAUUAGGUGUAAGGGUGGGCUAUUGAGAUAUUUUGAAAUGAUUGGUAUUAAAAUAAAAAAAUUAGUGAAACACAUUAGAUUGUUAUUAUUUAAAAAAAGAACAGUUAACAAUUACCAAUCUAAGAAUUUCAAUGUGAGACGUUCCUUUUCCUCCAUCUCAUCAAUUAAUGAUCAUCAAAGUUUAUUAACUAAAAAUAAAAAAAAUAAGAAAUUGAGAAACAACUGCAGCAGCGAAAAAAUUAACCAUAUAAAACCACAUAAGUAUCAUGUUCCAAAUUCAUCCUCAUUACAAGCUUUACAGCCUGCUUUGAUUGAAAAAGUUAAACCAGCAAUUAUUAAUGAAAAACAUGUAUUAACCAUCAACACAAAUAAGGAUAGUAUCAGUACUACUGAGACUGAUAAUGUUUAUAAUAAGAAUCGUGAAAAAACUGAUGUCAAAUCUCCAAUUGACAGUGUUAUAAAUAGUCCUGAUAUGAAUAAUCUAGAAAAUACUACUACUACCACCAUUGCUACCACUACAAAUAAUAACAACCACAACAAUAACAUAAUUUCUCCAUUUACUGGAAAUAGAGAUUCAACCAGAACCAACAGUACAUUAAGGAGAACCAAUUCCAGUAUCAGAAGGGCUGCAUCAAUCCUUACUGCUUCUACCCCAUCUUCCUCUACAUAUUAUUCUGCAGUUACAUGCCAAGAGAAUGGGUCACCAGUUAGAAAAUCAAGAUUAAUUAAAUCUACUGCAUCUACUUCUUUAAGUUCUUUAGUAAGACAACCAUCUAUUGUGGUUAAAAACAAAGUGAUCCCAUUAUCUAUGAGUAUUCCAUAUUCAAUGAACGAGACAAAUGAUGAUGAUUUGAGGUAUGGUAGUCCAUUGAUGGAGAACAAUGUCCUUGACACGUUCGAUACCAUUAAAGAAGAAGAUGAAGAAGAUGAGAAGGGAAAAGUAUCAUCUGAUUUUAUUAACAGUGAUUCAGAUUCCUCAAUUUUCACCGAAUUAGGCACAACUAUUGAGAAUAUAACAGAAUCAGUUAACAACAACAACAAUAGUAAUAAUAUAGAUUCUUCAAUAGAAAAAAAGAAUGAAGAAAUAACAGAAGAUGAUGGUAAAAAAGAAAAGGCCAACAUCGAUAGAAAGGAACAAGGAUCAUCAGUAGAAGUUUCAAUGGAGAAAAGUGAAGAUAAGGAACAUGAUUACGACAAUGGUAUAGAUUAUGUACACAAAAAGGAGGAGAUGGGACAGUUAAUGAAAACCUAUUUGAGUCAAAUAAUUCAAAAAAGAAUUUUGAUGAGAUUACAAAUGGUCAAAUUCCAAGAAUCCAAUGUCAUGGAACCUGAAUACAAACAGAUGAUCGAUGAUAUGGUCAGUAAUUACGAGACUGAAUGUCAUGAAAAUUUCAUGGUUCUGAACACUAGUGAAAACAAUGAUGAAAGUGACACCUCAGCUUCAAUUACAAGCACUGAAGAAUAUAAUGAUAGCUUACACAAGUUCAAUCAGUUAAAUACAACAACAGAUGUAGAUGAAGAUCACGAAGACGAUAUUGAUGGAAUUAAAAAAAACAGUCCUAUAUCUCUGCAAUAUCCAUCAAAGGAUGUCUUAUUUGGUGUGAAUACGUUGAUGGGAUCCAAUCGUGAAAAGGUAUUGAGCAUCCCUGCUUCGACAAUCAAAAGAUCUAUGACAUUACCCAUUGGCAUGAAAGUAUAA